AUCUGACAACCCUGCUAGUAACAACAGUGGUGACAGGCAUAAGGAAAAUGUAUCCAUUGCCAAUAAAUUAAAAAAAAGAACAACAGUGGUGUGGUGACAGCAAAACAAGAAAAUAGUGCGUUAGCUAUUUUUAUUAGUUAUUGAAAUAGUUGUGUUAAUACAGCAUUGAUUGACUGAAAGAACUGAAAAUUUAAUUAAUAACUAGAAUGUUGAAAUCAAGUUAAUAUAGAUACCUAAAUUCAAUUUUUUUUCUUGGCUUGAACCUAAGAAAAUUGGUCACAUUCCUAGAUAACUAGAAACUAAUAGAGGAAUCCCAGCAGAAUGGACAAAUAUAUGUCACGUCCUGAAAUAGCUCCAGGUGAUGAAGACAAUACUGCCUUAGAGGUGGAUUUAACAAACAAGUUUCUAAAUGGAGAACUGUCAUUUGCUGAAUAUUCCAGUGAAUGGUAUUGCGCUGAUAAAAAAGAUGAUUUCUGUGAUAAUGAUGAUAGGUUAAGUGAUGAAGAUGCUGAAGAAUCACCAUCUACGCAAUCAUCGGAGAAAGUAACCAGACGUCGGAAGGUAACACGUCUUACUCCUGCACUAAUGGGACUAAUGGGUGAAGCAAAUCUACGAUUUGCGAGGGGGGAUAAGGAUAUGGCGGAAAAAAUGUGCCAUGAAAUAAUAAAGCAAGUUCCUGCAGCUGCAGAGCCUUACCAAACAUUAGCCCAAAUUUAUGAAGAUGAUCCUGAAAAAUCCUUGCAAUUUUCACUAUUAGCAGCUCAUCUGAGUCCAAGUGAUGCUAAUGAGUGGUUAAGACUGGCUGCAAUCUCUAAGCAAAGAAAUGAUAUCAAACAGGAGAUGAUAUGUUACACUCAAGCUAUCAAUGCAGAUCCAAAGAAUAUUGCAAUACAUUUAAAAAGGCUGGAAGUAUUAACAAUGUUGGAGGAAUCUAAAUAUCCAUUAAAUAAUAUAAAUCGUGUGAAAUGUUACCACAGAAUUGUAACAGCUUUACCUUCAAGUGAAGGCGAUACAAUCAUGAAAUAUGCCCGACUAGCAUCUACAAUGUAUCACAAUAACAAUGAAAUUGAAAAAACACUUGAAGUAAUGACUAACGCUUAUGAAAAAUGUUCUAAAUAUUUCACAGCUGAAGAUCUUAACAUUCUUUUAGAAUUAUUGAUAACAAAGAAAGCAUACAAAACAUGCAUUGAAAUUUUUGUAGGUCAUGUUGGUGUAGAAAUUGAAGCUGAAAUUCAAACAAUAAGAAAGGCAAAUGAUGAAAUAGAAGAACAAACUCAUUAUUUAAAUUGUACUAUUCCAGAUAAUCUUCCAAUAGAUUUGAGGAGCAAAUUGUUAGUAUGUUUUGUACAUCUUGGUGCCAUUAAUUUGGUUCAAACAUUGCUACAAGAUUUUUUGUCAAAUGAUGUAGAAAAAGCUGGAGACUUGUAUAUGGACAUUGAAGAAGCACUUUCUACAGUUGGUUAUCAUGAAUUGGCUAUGCAACUACUAGAACCACUGGUACAGAAUACUAGUUUUGAUCUUGGAGCAGUCUGGCUAAAACAUGCUGAGUGUUUAUAUAAAUUAGGUAGAGAGAAUGAUGCUAUUGAGUCUUAUUACAAGGUUCUGAAACAUGCACCACAGCAUCCUACUGCUCGUAAGAAACUGUUUACCAUCCUAGAAAAAAAAGGUAGUAUUAAUGAAGCUUUGGAAAUUUUACAGCAAGAUUAUAAAUAUGUUGUCAAUGCGGGACUACUCUAUGAACAAUAUAUGAUAUUAAAAAAAUAUAAUAGACCUCUUAAAUAUUUAGAAGUAGGAGAAGCACUAUUGUCAAAAACAUUUCCUAGGUAUAGACAUCAAUCAGAAUUAAAAAUUGCUUUACGUACCAAAGGGGCCAUCAUUGAACUCAUACACAACUUUAGAGCUAUGCGAGGAGAAAACCCUUUUAACGAAAAUGAUAUACAUUUUGAUGAAGAAGAAGAUUUUAAAUUAACUGCUGAAGAAGAAUGGUUAAUUUUUAAAGAUCUAAUGGAAGUUGCACACAUCCAUAAGCAAUAUAGUACCAUGCAGAGACUUUCUUAUGGUGCUAUAAUGUCCAAAGCUUUAGCCCCGCACCGCAAAAAUUUAGAAUUCCUAUGCUUUCAAUCAUGUCUUUUAAAUAAUGAUUACAUCAACGCUAUGAGAUUUAUUAGGGAAAUAGCACAUAAAAUUCCUGGAGCUCGUUCAUGGACUUUACUAAACUUUGUACUAAAUGCAAUAGAUGAAUAUCCACAGGUCAAGUUUUUGUACAGAUUAUUUGAAAAAGACUGUAGUAUGAUCAAAAAGCUUUUUCUUGGUAAUCAUUUUAUAACAUCAGGAAGGUAUCUUGUGGCAUUGAAAUAUUUCUUAGAAUAUCAUGAGCAAUGUAAGGAACCUAUUUCUGCUUUAUUGGUUGCAAUUACAAGUUUGGUGAUGGCUGCACAGAAAACGAUGGAUAAGCACCAUAACUUAGUACUGCAAGGAUUGUGUUAUCUGUCAAUAUAUCAUAAAUUGAGAAAAUGUAAUCAUGAAUCUUAUUAUAAUAUUGGUAGGGCUUUCCAAAUGUUGAACAUAAAUAACUUGGCUAUUGCAUAUUACGAAAAAGUAUUGAAUAGUAAUUCUAUUGCCAAAUGUGCAAAACAUGGGGCUAUAGAUUUGAAAAAAGAGGCAGCUUAUAAUUUGGUUUUGUUAUAUAAAGGACACUCACCACAAAUGGCAAGGAGGUAUUUAAAUCAAUAUUUAGUGAUUGAAUAAAGAACAAUACCUAAAAAUAUUUUGUAUAAUUAAUCCAAUUAGCUACCCUGAUACCAAAGCUAAAAUAUAGGGUCUACAUUUAACGCAAAAAAUUUAUUGUUAUGAGGUGGGCCAUAGGCAGAGACAGUUUUCAGCGAGUGUACCAUCCACCCCGCCGUCCUGCCCUGUUAAUUGGACAGUUGGGGAAAAAAUGUUCCAUCGACCCCGGUAGUCCUGACUCCGUCGUUUAACGAGGUGGAUGGCGCUGAUCAAAUAUCAUCUACCCCGUGCGUUUUUUUUUUCAAACAGUACACCUAACAGGGUUUGUUCUGUUGGGUUUUACAAAUACAUUCCUCGCUACGCGGCCUCGGACACCUCUGGGGGAAACGCAGCCUGAUUCCGCAAGAGAGGUAAGUAGAAGGUAGAAAUUGGAACGAUGAAGUCAUGGGCCUCGACACCAGGGUGUAGGCAAUCUAAGGAGGCUAUGCUAUCCCUAGAUAUAAAGCUGACCAGGCGCCUCCUGUGCCUGGACAGGAACAUCCUGAGACUGGUGGCGGAGAUCAUCACCGGGCAUUGCCCACUGAACAACACCCUAGAUAUCACUGACAGUCUUCUAUGCAGAGCAUACAUGGAGAUAGAGAAAACGAUGUGUGCUCCUUGAGUACACUGGUGUCGCCCAGUUCUGCAGGAAGACUCUUGGUAAAGCAGGAUCCCUUGCCCUGAGAAGAUUGGGAAGACUGAUCUGCUUCUGGAGGGAAGUGGGCUGACUUGAAUAACCGGCCACCAUGGCUCAUGCACAAUGGUCCACUUAAAGGACUUAUUGCGGAAACCUAAGCCCCUAACAUCGAACAUGGUAUCUCGUGUGAGCAAAUGAGGAUCCGUAACGAUUUUAGUUGAAAAUGCAGUUUUUAGAGCUAAGGAUCCCAAAAAAUAUAGUGUUUAAUUUUUUGUUCUACGACAAAUAUUGACGAAGUUAUGACAAAAUUACUAAACAAAUCUUUCGACUGGCCCGCGCGGCGCGGUGACUGUAAAUGUCGGUGCAGGGUGCCCAAGUAGCACAUAAAGGCUGUACAGCGGCCGCCAUACCGUUUACCUUUAUACUGAAAGUUGUGCAUGGCGGUUCUAUAAUGGAGUUAACAGCGCAUCUUUAGUUGUUA